AACGGACGAUCACUGAGAGCGAGAUAUACGAGAAAUGCUAUGGGCCUUGGUAUGACGCGGGUACAGUAUGCUACACACGCCGCCUCUUCCGAUUCAAGUAGCCGCCGAAACCCAGCCCGUAUCUUGCCUCUCGAGAUCCUUCAGGAGAUUCUCUCAUACCUGAAUCAUGCGGAAUUCUAUGCGUGUACUUUGACAUGCAGAGCGUUUAAUCGAGCCGCCACACCUUUCCUCUACCGCGCUCCUCUUCUCGACUUCUCUCAGCGAUCAGGUUCGAAACAUGGCAUUGCAGAUACGUUGAAGGCAAGACCGUAUCUGGCCGAAAUGGUCCGAAGCGUGAACCUGGGUUGGCAUGCUAGAGAUUAUGGGUAUAUGUUACCUGGCUUCUUGGACUUGUUCCUACAAGCGUGUCAGCGGCUGGUCCGUGUAAGAGCACGGGUCAUUAAACCCUCCGGGUGGGGCCAAAAUGAGUCGAAGCGAUUGGUCUCUUCGCGUAUUCUGGAGCGCCUCCCCUCUACGAUAACGCAGUUUGCACUGAAUUUCAAGGGUAUAGCAAUUGCCCAAGCUGAGUGCAAGUCCAAAGGUUUCCUGAAGCAGUUCCAGUACGACUUUAGUAAAAUACUACAAGCCGUCCCAAAUCUCACCCACCUGCAACUGGUAGAUGCGAAUGUAUCAGGGGAUGCGUUGCGACAUAUCAAUAUGGAGAAGCUGGUCGAGCUGGACCUUACAGGCUGCUAUCUCUUGACUAAACAGGACAUGAUCAAAUUCUUCAAGAAAGGGGGUGACAAGGUGAACCUGCGGGUGCUAAGUCUCAAUGAGUUCCCUAAUGGCAUUAUUACCGACACUGUGCUAUCUGCUCUUUUGCAGGGCCCUGGAGGUGCGCACAAUCUACGGGUGCUCGAACUAAGACACAGCACCUUGCUUGGUAAAACUAUAACAGACGUUGGUGUAAGAAUCAUUGCUCAAUACUGCUCAGCUUUGCACGGCAUCAACCUCGCUGGCUGGGUAAACAUCACAGAUAUCUCGGUUGAGGAGCUUGCUGCUGCCAAUACGCAGCUGAGGUGGAUCGCAUGCUGUGAGCAAGGGCCUCGCAGUGGGGGCAUUACGCGAGAGCUAAUAGGAGGACUCGAAAAUCGUGGUAUCAUCUAUAGUGCACUAUAGCUAUAAAGAGAGUUCCCACGGCCUGGCCGGCUGUACGUGC